GUUAUGUAAAAUGCAAUUCUCUUAGUGGCAGCCUUGUCAUUGUCUUCAUUUUAUACACUUAUAUAUGUGUUAUACUAUAUGUAUGUAUAUAAAACCUUAGUCGCUAUCAAAUGCUUAGUCUAACGACUUAGAUGUUAGACAAAAAAAAAAAAAAAAAAAAAUUCCCAACAAAUAAAACAGGUAGUACUUGCUGUACUUCGUAUAUUAACUUGCUUUGACUAAAUUCCUUUAUUCCACAUAAUAACUUAUAUUAAAUAAAUAUAUUAACACCAUUUCCAUGGAAUUUCGUUACAUCCAUUACAUAUUAUAUAUAAACCCCCUGCAAAUAACAUAACGUAGCCGUAAGCUUACAAGCUAAUAGGCUACAAUUCAAUUAGAAGAAUAUAUAUAUUUGCCUAAUUUUAUCCUCUUUCUUUGAUACAUACAAUGAGUUCCUACAACAUUCAAGCCCAUCCUAAGGUAUCCCAGUAUCCUCCUGAAGGAGAAUGGAGCACCGGCUUCAAUGACUGUUGCAUUGAUCGCAAUCUUUGCUUGAAGACAUGUUUUUGCCCUAUGAUCACCAUGGGAGAGAUUGCAGAAAUUAUUGAUGGAGGCACAACAACCCAGCAGAAAGCAUGCUGCAUGUAUACUAUUCUUCCAACCGGAUGGAAAGCAAUGUACGCAGCUGGAUAUAGGAGAAGACUAAGGGAAAUGUUUAAAUUGCCACAGGAGCCACACAAUGAUUGUCUAGUUCAUGAAUGUUGCUGUGUGUGCGGCCUUACCCAAGAGUACCGCGAGCUUAAGAAUCGUGGAGCUGAUCCUUCCUUAGGUUGGCAAGGAAAUGUGGAGAAAUGGAAUAGGGAAGGACUCAGAGAGCCACCAAUCCCAACUCGCAUGGCUCGCUGCUAGCUAGCCCUGCUUCAUUCCCUAAACAUUGUACAAACAAAUGUAAUCGCGCUUAUUACUUGUUUGUUUAAUUUAUGUAUAAAUGUGUGAUAUAUUACUUUAUCUUAACUAGUUUGGUUAUGAUCAAGUCAUCAAACAUGAAGCUUAAUAUUUCUAUUGGUUCAAUGGUUUGUUUGGCAAAGCAGUCAUUAGUUGUACAAAUUACAAAUGUCAAAUUAGUUAUGUAUUAUUUUAAAAAUAUGAAUUAUGUAUUGUAAGACUCUAAUUCUUAAAAAUAUAUGGUAUCCGUUUAUGGCUUGUAUCACUUUGUUCAA